GUCAGGCGGCGGGGCCGCCUCUCUCCUUCCGGGAGCGGCGCGCGCCCGUUGGCGGGGACCGGGAGCGGCGUUUGUUGACUUCCUCGAAGGCGGCGGGGGCGGCGCCGAGCCCCGGGAAUUCCCCGUGGUGGCGGAGGCCGAAACCGCGGCCGGGCCGGCGGGGUGGGAGCGAUGGGCGCCCGAGGGGGCCCGAGCGGAGACCGCGAGGGGCGGCGCUGCCUCCCCGCCGAGCUGAGCGCCCGCCGCUGACCCGCCCGGCCGAGCCGGGCCCGGACAGCUGUCAUGGAGGAGUUGGUAGAGGAUGACAUCUGUAUUUUGAACCAUGAAAAAGCAGACAAUGCUCACAAGAGAGACAGCGAUAUUCCUGUUCCAUCCUAUAGUGGAGAUGAGUCUGUUGCCUCACACUUUGCACUUGUCACUGCAUAUGAAGAUAUCAAAAAACGACUGAAGGAGACAGAGAAGGAGAACUCUUUCUUAAAAAAAAAAGUGAGAAUUUUAGAAGAGAAGGUGCUUGGCUCCCGGGUGGAAGAGGAAUGCAGCUCAGUUGGGCGGGAACAAGUCAAUAAGGCCUACCAAGCCUAUCGAGAGGCCUGCAUCGACCGCGACCAUUUGAAAAGCAAACUGGAAAAAAUGGCAAAAGAAAGUGCAGAAUCCUUGAAAAACUUGAACGAACAGUUACAGUCUAAAGAAGUAGAGCUGUUACAACUAAGAACUGAAGUGGAAACUCAGCAAGUGAUAAAAAGUCUGAACUGUACUCAGGCUAGCUGGGAAUUAGAGAAGCUGAACAGUGACCUGAAAGUUCAUAGUCUGGAACAGGAUCUAGAAAAACUCAAGGAGGAGUGCUACAGUCUCAGGAAGGAGUUGCAAAAUUCCAAGCAGAAGGACCAGGCUCAAGAGGAAAAUCCAUUAUAUGGAGACCACCUUCAAAGGCAAGACAUCCAGAGUUUGCAACAAACAUAUUGGGACCUGAAGAGAGAAAUGUCCAAUUUGCGUGUAGUGACUGACAAGCAAGCUGAGGUCCUACGAAAACUGAAAAGGAACCCACCAGGAGCCAAGAAAGCUGCCUGUACUGCACCAGUGCAAUGUGUUGACUUGAACAUUUCAAAGGUGAAUUUGACAUCUGGGGUAGUCUAUAAAAACCUGUCACAAAACAAUAAAGCCCUCGGCAAUGCUGUGUCUCCCCCUCUGCUGAGAGAUGCCCGUGUCCCAUCAGAAAGGGUGACCCUACAAGCUUGGACAGAUGAGAGACCAAUUCCAGCUGAUGGCAAAAUGUUUCAGGAACACCAUUCCUAUGGAAAGAGCUCUCUGGAAGAUAAUUCCUGGGUAUUCCCAAGUCCUCCAAAGCCCAAUGAGAAUAUGUUUUGGGAAAUGAAAAAUAAUCCAACUUUGUUAAACUGUCCAGCAGAUUACCUGGAUCAGUGUAAUCAAAACUGUCUGCACAAGAGUUAAACAAUUUUUAGAAUGGACAGAGGCAUUUUUGGAGUGAUUCUGAAUAGGCACCUUAAUGCUCGAACUUUUAAGGAGAGAAAACAAAUUGCUUGAAAUGUUCUUUCUUUAUUUUUAAUUCUAGUUCCAAAUCAGAAAGCCUAGUCUUCCUCUGCUGUAAAUCAGGAGUGAGUUCCUUGAUGUUAAAGCUGUGCUGGUAUAAUGUAAAUACAAAGAAAUCUAGCAUGGGGCCUAGAUAGUCUUGUACUGCAAAUGACGUACAUUUGCUAAAGGUUACAAUGAAAAGUGAGUUUGUGGAAUAAAACAAAAUAAUCCAGUUCUGUAUUUGUUUGCUACUUGUAUGUUAUCAAGAAAAUACUUGGUAUCCAGUGUUAGAACUUGUACCAGCUCUGAGCAUAUAUUUUGACAGUGUUUUUUCAGAAUAAGAGAUAAUAUGAAGAAUUGGAUUCUCUCUUCCUUCCUCCUUUCAAUUAGCUUUGAUUCCUCUGGUUUGUAAACGCACUUUUCUGUAAUAUUUAACUAAAAGGUGAGUUUGGUAUUUUUUUUCCAACCUUGAUUUAUAUGAGAGUGGCAGGAGAAAAACCACCCUUAGACUAUCCUGUUUCAACUGCCUCAUUUAGGGCUUGAUUGUGAAUGGUGAAGGACCGUAAGUAAUGCUGCUGCUGAGCACUGUGAAUCCUGGAGGUUCAGCUUGUUUCCCUCAGUUCCUGCUGAAGGAAGCUGCUGUAACUGCAGCGGUGCUGCCACAGACCCAGCAUGCUCACAGUGCAAUUUUCCAUAUUGUGCCUCCUUUGCACAGCACCACAACUCUGACUCUUCAUUCCUGUGGUGGUGAAGGCUACUAGUUUUUCUUUGUUAAAGAAACAAAGCCUUAAUUUAAUCAGAUUUGGUGUUGUUGCAUUGUUGAUAUACAAUAAUAAGUAUUUUUGUGGUGUCUUUAGUAUGCCACUGAGAACCAGAGCUACUGGAAUUCCAACUACCUGCUUUAUAGAUUAUGGGUGUCUAGGCACUACUUUUUCAUUAUUUUUUUCAUCUUAAAGCUGUGAACUGUUUCUAGACAAAUAUAAUUUAUGCUUUUUUUUUUUUUGUGAACUUCUCUGCUUCAUAUCUGGCUUAAUACAACAGGGUUAAGUGAAAUGUCUUGACUGCUCAAAAAGUUGAAAAAAAAUGCAUUGUAUUUUAGAUCCAUGAUGCCUAACUUGUAAUGGGCAGGAAGACAUUUAAUACUGAAUACGCUAUUUACAAAUGUGUGGGUGGGUGAAGUAUUCAGCUUCACAGAUCCAGCUUAACAUCAAAGUAAUAAAAAUUAAUUUCACAGCUGUUUAGUAGCUAAUUAUCUUAAGAUGGCUUGCAAAUACAUGGGGAAGCUGUGGCUGUAGCACAGCCACAGUAAUGACGGGCUGUAGAAGUGUUAGGAGGGUGCUACGUGACCUGUGUGGUUCCAGACACUCUCCCCUGCACAGUAAGUACUUCAGACAGAGCCCAUCUUUCACUUUGUCCAUAAAAGGCAAAAAAAAUGCCUUCCAGACACCUUCUCCUGUAGUACAAACAGCAUACAUAAACAAUGUUUCCCAUUCACCAGAUAUUGUUUUUAUCUUUCUAUUAUCUUGCUCACGUAUACUGGCUUGUCUGUGAUUAAUGGAAAUGGUGUCAGAUGCUGGAAUUUAUUCUGACCAAUGAACACAGCUGACUCAGGGGAGUACAAUCUCUUGGAAAGUAAUAGAACAAAAUCCAAUAUGCAUAAAACAAAUCCAAGUCACUAGGCUUUAGCUGAUAGAACCAACUACCUAUGUAAUAACAAAGAAAACAUUUCUCAUGUGGCUGCAUAAGCUAUAUGGUACCUAGUUCUAAUGUGGUUUACUUUUGGGGUCCCCCGCCUCAAUAUUACAGAGGUUUUUUAUUAAGGAAUGUAAUAUUCAACAGGCAUUAAUAUGAUUUGUGCAAUGAAGGAAUUCUACUGUGUAAGAUAUUAAAUAAAUUUAUUUUUGUUUGAAA